AUGAUCCUCUCCAUGGAUGAAGCGGCUCAGAUCGCAGCAUGCACCUCCUCUGAAGAAGAAAUAGACAUCGUCGGGGGAGAAGAAGGAGAGUUUUUCCUACCAUGUCGAGACACAGAUGACUCACCGGUGGAGUCGAGUGUAGAGGCGGAAACUUCAGGAGCCGACUCCUCCGGAGAAAGCGAGGUCACGACCCCGAGCCGCCCAUCAGCCAGUGGCUCUGUUAAACCUCCAUACUCCUACAUCGCCCUCAUCACUAUGGCCAUCCUGCAGAGCCCCAUGAAGAAACUCACUCUCAGCGGCAUCUGCGACUUCAUCAGCAACAAGUUCCCCUAUUACAAGGCAAAGUUUCCGGCUUGGCAGAACUCCAUCCGGCACAACCUGUCUCUCAAUGACUGCUUCGUCAAGAUCCCCAGGGAGCCAGGGAACCCGGGCAAGGGCAACUACUGGUCCCUGGACCCUGCCUCGGAGGACAUGUUUGACAACGGCAGCUUCCUGCGGAGGAGAAAGAGGUUCAAGAGGAGUCGUCCUGAAUACUGUAAAGACGGACUUGUGCUUUAUCCCGGUGUUGGUGAGCGAUCCUACGGUAGGCCUUACUGCGUAUCUGGACGUCCUUAUACACCGUGUCCAUAUCUCCCCUGUCAGAGUGUUGCUGAUGUUAAGGGCCUCCAGUCUGGAGAGUUUGGGCUUCAGGCGCGCAUCACUGUCCCCGAGCAGGGGCCCGAGCGCCAGACGCAGAAGUGCUCUUUUACUAUCGACAGCAUCAUGUCAAAAUCAGACAGUCCCACAGGCAAAAGCCCUGUCCUCCAACUUCCAAUCGAUUAUGGACAUGUCUUCUCGCGGUCAGCCUCCUGUGUUCUUCCUGGUUUUCUCCCAGUGACUCGGACUCCUCUGGCUUUGGCCGCUGUGUCCUUUACAGAAAACUUACCCAUGCUCUAUCCUAACUGCUGA